AUGGCGACGUCUUUUGUUUUUCCUCAGCAUAGUACUACCACUACCGCCACCCGCAAACCACGGCCUCCACCGCUUGUUUUUCCAGCAAAACUCGCCAGCCCAACGAUAGAUUCGCGCGCCGUCUCGCCUGACUUUGAUUCUCGCUCUAUCUCGUCCAUCUCAAGCUCGCCAGUCUCGUCUGCUUCCAGCGAGGGAAGCCCAACUAGUGUGGUCGGAUUUGCCUCCCAUCGCCUUUCGCAUCAUUCUAGAACGCCGUCUACUCUGGUCGGAUUCGGUCGCAAGCAGCACUUUCACAGACAUUCCAUCGCCGCCCAGUCGCCUCCUUCCGUCGAUUUCAGCCGCAAGCAUGAUAACCGACGAUCUGUUUCGGCACCCAUCUCGCGCCACAGCCGUUCACUCUCGCUUGCGGCAGACUACGAAACAGCGUCUAGCAACAUCCUCGGCUCAUCAGUCCCCAAGUCUGGCAUUCGACGUGGAACAAAGCCCUUGCUCCUUCCUCAGCAAGUCAAGGCCAAGAACCGCCAGUCAUUCACAUCUCGCGCGAAACGUACGCUGAUUCUCCGCAUUGUUGCUCUUGCUACGGCUGCUCCGAUUGAAUUCGUUUUGAAUCGCCUGGCUAUCCGGACUACCCCGCGGCGAGUUCUCACUGAUGAUGAAGACGAGGAGAAGGCAUUGUUGGAGCCAGACUCUCAGGCUGACACGAAUUCGGAUGAACGCGAGUCUCAUGAAUAUCAAUUGAAGAGGGUUUGGUUCCUUUACCGUUUCCUGCGUGCGUUGGCGAAGGUUUGA